AUGGGAAUUCCCCAGAAGAAAACCAAGACCAAGACUCGGAGAAGAUUGAGGGAUCUCGAUCAGAUCAAAGCUGAUAUCGCCUCCCCGAAACAUCUCGAGCAACACAAGAGCACCAAAGCUCCUGAGGAUCUGCCAGGUCUGGGCCAAUACUACUGUCUCGAGUGCGCAAAAUGGUUUGAGAGUGAGCACAGUCUGGUUACACAUCGCAAAGGAAGCACACACAAGAGACAGGUCAAAGCAUUAAAGGCGGAACCAUACACGCAAAAGGAAGCCGAGGCAGCCAUUGGGCUCCGAACAGACAAUGGACCUAAAUUAGCCGCCAAACAGAAUACCUACGAUGUGGAGGCAGAGAUGGAGAAUUCGGGCUUUGUGGAGGAUACUUGA